AGUAUACACCCAGGAAGCUCGGGGGCACCUUGUCCGUCCGCCUUGUGCCGCGAGCUCCGCCGGGCGCUGGCGCUCUCGGAGCCGAGAUCCUGUGUGUGUGUGCGCGAGAGAGUGUGCGCGUGUGUCUGCUCCGCUGCCGCUGCCCUUUGAUCCCUGCAUUAGUGUUAGUUAGGGGCUCGGAGACACACAUACACAGAGAGCAGCCAUAGUCAAGACACGGCAACAACACCACCACUACCUCGUCCUCCUGUGUUCAUACCCCCAACAACACACUCUUAAAACCGGGGACAGCCAGGUGCUCGACAAGUCCCUGCCGCCAGACACUCGCAUACAAUUUCAAUGGGAAAAAUCCUUUUUUCUUCUUAUCCCUAAACAAGGAGGAGAAUGUGAGAAAAAGGGGAGAAAAUGCCCCGGAGGAAGCAGGACCAACCCAAACGCCUGCCUGCACAUCUGGGCCGAGUGGAGGAGGCGGCGGGCGGGGAGCUCGCGGAGGACGACGGCUGGUUCGGGAACGCCUCGGACACGCCCUCGGAGUCGUCCUACGCGGACGUGCAGGAUGAGGACCCCCGGCCGGACCGGGCCAGCUCGGCCGAGAGCUCGCUGGGCUGCCCCACGCCCGUCCCGCCCGUCCCGCGCGGCUCGCUGGAGCUGCUGGGCCUGGACAGCGAGGCCUUCGCCGCAGCCGGCUUCUCCGCGCAGGACACCCUGUCCUCCGUGGUGUCCUCGCUGUACGGCGACGCCCCCCACGCGCUCGCCAAGCCGCUCAGCAGCAACCUGCGGCGCCUCCUAGAGGCCGGCGGCCGCAGGCUGGAGGGGGCGGAGCUGGCGGAGCGGGGGCGGGACUCGCCGUCCGUCAGUCUGGGCUCCAGCGUCUCCCCGUCCUCCCAUCAUGCUCAGCAGCUGAGCGCUCUGGCCCGUAAGCUGGCCAAAAACUCCUCCUCCUCCGCCUCUGCCUCGCCCGCCUCCAUGGCGACUGCCAAUGCCGUCAAGCAGGAGCCGUGCGACCCCUUCCCCAGCAACGGCGCCGGCUUCCUGUGGGUGGGCGGGGCCGACGGGUGGCCGCCCGCCUCUUGCUCCGCCCCCAGCAGCGGGAGCAGCCUAUCCCCGGACUCCGCAAUCCAGAAGCUGAAGGCCGCGGCCAAUGCCGUGCUGCAGGACAAGAGCGCGGUGGCGUCCUCGGCCUCCUCCUCUUCCUCCUCCUCCUCCUCUUCCUCCUCCUCCUGCUCCUCCUCCUCGGUGGUGGCGGUGGGGGUGCGGGCGGAGGAGGCGGUGCGGUUCGAUGCCUUCGCCUCCCCCUUCAGCCCGCAGUCGGCCAGCUCCACACUGGCGGCGCUCUCUAAGAAGGUGAGCGAGCGGGGCCUGGGGGGGGGCCAGGCCGACCCCCCCUCCCCCGCCGGCUCCUUCCUCUCGCUCGUCUCCAUGACGUCCUCCGCCGCGCUGCUCAAGGAGGUGGCGGCCCGCGCCGCGGGGAACCUGCUGGCCGAAAAGGAGACCGCCCUGCCGGCGGGACCCCCGGAGGACGCCAAGGCCCCAACGCCCAACCCGCCGCUGGACCUCCUGCUGCCCCCCACCCCGAAAGGAAAGGUCAAGCCCAGCAGUCAAGGGUCUCCAGAGGAAGGCGGGAAGCCGUUCCAGUGCCCCGUGUGCGGCCUGGUCAUUAAGCGCAAGAGCUACUGGAAGAGGCACAUGGUGAUCCACACCGGCCUGAAGAGCCACCAGUGCCCCAUGUGCCCCUUCCGCUGCGCCCGCAAGGACAAUCUCAAAUCCCACAUGAAGGUGCACCAGCACCAGGACCGCGGCGAGACCUUCCAGUGUGACCUUUGCCCUUUCACCUCGUCCCGCCACUUCAGCCUGAAGCUGCACAUGCGCUGCCACCAGCACUUCCCCCGCAGCGAGCUCCGCGUGAAGGAGGAGGUCAGCAGCGAGGGCGAGGGGGCGGGGCCAGGAGCCGGCUCGCCCCUCCCCCCCGACGCCCUGCUCCAGGCCUCGCCUGCCGGGACCCCCGACCACGUCCAGGUGAAGGAGGAGCCGCAGGAGCGGGACGUUUCGGGCAUGUCCCCCUUCGCCCUCUGCGCCUCCAGCCCCCUGGAGCCCCCAGGGCCCAAGUCCAGCCCCCCCACCCCCAUCCCCGCCUCACUCUUCAGCCCAGACAUCUCCACCAAGACCGCCUCCGACCUCCUCAUCAAGCUCUCGGCGGCCAAUCAGAAGGAGUCGCUGAAGCCGCAGACAUUCUGUGUGAAGGAGGAGCCGCCAUCAGACAGAGCUCUGAGCCCGCGCCCGCCACAGGCUCCGCCCACCUACGUCUUCUGCCCCGACAGGGCGGCACACACGCCCGACUGCGCCCCCAAACCGCGGGACGGUACCCCGCCCGCCAAGAGCGCCAUCCUCAGCCAGGACAUCAGCGUCAAAGUGGCGUCCGAACUGCUGAUGAAACUCUCAGAGAACAACAAGGAUACGCUGGCCCCGGUGGUGGCGGUGAAGGCCGAGCCCAUGGAGGUGGACCCCCCCGAGUGCAGCCCCCAGCCCCCCCCACGGCUCCUAGGCUUCAGCCCUCUGCCCGGGGGCGAGAAGACCGAGCCCCCGCCCGGCCUGCCCGAGGGCCUGGCCCACCCCCAGAAGGCCCUCUUCUCCCAGGACAUCUCCGUCAAAAUGGCGUCUGAGCUCCUGUACCAGCUCUCAGAAAAAGUGAGCAAAGCUAACAACCACAAAGACAGCAACAUGUUGGGUAUGAACAGCCCUUUCCUGGAGGACCGUUUCGGACAAUCACCCUUCUCCUCCAGCUCGAGCCUGAAGGACCCUCCCCCCAGUGAGGCCAGCUCCUCAGUCAGGCCUGUGGGACACGAUUCGGAGAAGGCGGGGCUGGACGGGGUGUGGAGGCUGAAGGAGCAGCUGUACCCGUGUCCCGUGUGCGGGAAGGUGUUCGGCCGACAGCAGACCCUCUCACGCCACCUGUCCCUGCACACAGAGGAGAGGAAGUACAGGUGCCACCUGUGCCCUUACGCGGCCAAAUGCCGGGCCAACCUCAACCAGCACCUCACCAUCCACUCCGUGAAGCUGGUGAGCACCGAUGCAGAACAGAUCGUCACCGCCGUCACUGCAGAGAGCAGCCAGCGCAACAACUGCCCCUACUACUACAGCUGCCAUGUGUGCGGGUUCGAGACGGAGCUCAAUGCGCAGUUCGUCAGCCACAUGUCCCUGCACGUGGACAAGGAGCAGUGGAUGUUCUCCCUGUGCUGCAGCUCCUGUGAGUUUGUGUGCAGUGAGGAGAGCGAUAUGAAGCUGCACAUCAGCGCCGACCACGCAGGCCUCACCUCCAGGAGCCCCCUGAGUGAGACGAAGAGCACCUCCUCCUCGCUCUCCGCACUCAGCGAAUCGCUCAGCGGCUCCGAAACCAGCGACGUCGCCCACGGCAAUGAGGAGCUCAAGAGCCUGUUGGCCCCGCCUUCGUCCGGGGGCAGCCAAUCCACAGCGGGGACAGAAGAUAAAUCUGAGAAAGGCCUGGAAUGCGUGUUCUGCAACUUCGUGUGCAAGACGCGGCCCAUGUACGAGCGGCACCUGCAGAUCCACCUGAUCACGCGCAUGUUCGAGUGCGACGUCUGCCACAAGUUCCUCAAGACGCCCGAGCAGCUGCUGGAGCACAAGAAGUGCCACACGGUCCCCAGCGGAGGACUGAAGUGUCCAUUCUGCAUGUACUCGACCAAUCGGCCGGCUGCGAUGGAGGCUCACCUGAAGACGCACUACAAGCCCGAGUACCGCUGCCGGAUCUGCCAGGCCGUGAAGCGGGACCAGCCGGAGCUGGAGACGCACGUGCGCGGGCAUCGCCUCGGCAACCACUACCGCUGCCAGCAGUGCGGCUACCUGUCCAAGACCGCCAACAAGCUGAUCGAGCACGUGCGCGUGCACACGGGCGAGCGGCCGUACCACUGCGACCAGUGCAGCUACAGCUGCAAGCGCAAGGACAACCUCAACCUGCACAGGAAGCUGAAGCACGCGCCCCGCCCGUCCUACCGCUGCCCCGCCUGCGCCUUCGCCACCACCCACCCCUUCGUCUUCAGCCGCCACGUCAAGAAGCACCAGGGAGGAGCCUGCGGCGAGGCGGGGGCGGGGCCUGGGGCGGGGGCGGGGCCUGGCAGCCCCUCCCUGGGCAGGUCCGCCUCCCACGCGCUGCAGUCCGUGGCCCUGUCGGUGUCGGGGGGGCAGGAGGCCCCGCUCGCCCCGCUCCCCCCCCGCGCCCCGCUCUACCUCUCGGCCCGGAGCUCCUCCCUCUCCUGCCGCUACUCGGACCUGACGCACCUCAUCCCCCUCACCUCCCUCUUCCCCCCGAGCCCGCUCCCAGCCCCUCCCCCGGCCCUCCCCAGGCCACGCCCAGCCUCCUCCCUGCCCCCCCCCUCCCCGUCCCCCACCUCCUGCAAGCGCUCCUUCCUGGCCUACCUGGGGCUCACCCGGCGGGCCGAGGCCGUUUGAAGGCCCCCACACCCCCCCUCCGGGACGGGGGGGGAAUACGCUCCUCCAGUGUGGUCAGAGCUUUCCAGUCCAGUUUAAAUAACAUAAAAUAACAUGCUGGGUUAAAAAAGUUAUGGUACCUAAAAAAUGCAUUUAUAAAAAAGGCUUUAUGUGCUUCAGUUAAAUGAAAGCUGCUUUUAUUCUCCAUUAAUCCGUGACUAUUAUUAUUAUUAUUAUUAUUAUUAUUUUACAGUUUUAUUUUUAUUUGUAUUUUUUUUACUCUGAUAUCAGUUAUGACUGACCAGGAACCCACUGCAUUACCGGCAAAUGUGUCCUACAGCAGCAGGUAUGCAGGAACUGAAACACAUACAUGCUACAUAUGUGUGUGUGUGUGUACGCGUACAUGCUACAUACGUGUGUGUGUACGCGUACAUGCUACAUAUGUGUGUGUGUACGUUUACAUGUUACAUACGUGUGUGUACGCAUACGUGCUACAUACGUGUGUGUACGCAUACAUGCUACAUACGUGUGUGUGUACGCUUACAUGUUACGUACGUGUGUGUGUGUAUGCUGACACGCUACAUACGUGUGUGUGUGUACGUUUACAUGUUAUGUACGUGUGUGUACUCAUACACGCUACAUACGUGUCUCUUAAUCAAAGCAUUAUAAAGCAUGCUCCUGUACGUGCUCCAAUUUAAUGUUUUGAUUAUUACUAAUUAUUUUUAUUGUUAUGAAAUAUAUGAGAAAAGACGCAUCUUUUUUGGUGCUCCACAGUCAAAAACGUCCUCAAACUCACAAAAAGGAACUGUUUUAAAGUCCUUUUCCAGUUUUCCAAAACAGUGGCUCACUUAACAGGUAUUCCGCAUACUGUAUAUAUUUUUGUAGCCUUCUAGCAGUUUUUUAAUGGUUGUAUACUGUGGCCCAUGAGCCGUCUGCAGAAUUUAAUAUAAUUCAGGCUGUAAGCAACACUUUCAACAGCUGCACGGGUGAUGGUGUUCUGGGGUUCAAGUGGAGAUUUCGAGGUCCAAGCAAGAGGAACAUGCCAGGAAUAUCCCGUCAUGGAGGGCUCAGUAGACCUCACCUGUUUUGGGUUCAAGCACCGCUCAGACCGCACACAUGGGGCUGAUCCGGUUAAAGACGGUCAGUUUGAGUUCUGGCCAUUCGGCUGUUCAGGACCGUGCUGCCCACCCGUAGUGCGGAGGGAAGAGGUCUGGUCACCUUAUUCUGUUCUGGAACUGACGAGCGAACAGACGUCCAAAAGAAGAACAUUUUUUACGGACCUAGCCGCGCGUGAGGGUAGAGCGGUCAUUGCAUACUGACGUGUUCUCUGCGGUCAGCAGUAUAGGGGGUGGAGUCUCUCUAAGUUCGUUUAGGUCUCAUUCCAGUAAGGAACUCAUAACAUGCUGUGUCACAGUGUAAUCUAACCCCCCCUUUUCUGUUCUCUGUAAUUGUCUCAUGGAGGUGACGGGCUGUGGGGGUCCUCACCCCCCCGUCCCUCAGACAGUGCCGAUGUAAUGGUGCUUUUUGGAGCUUUUGUAAUCUGUAUAAUACUCGUUCCAAAAUGACUUGAAUGAAUGUACUGCUUUUUAAUGUAAACGUGGGAAGUAGUGCUGAGGGUGCUGUGAAGAAUGGUCUUUCAGAUAUUGGUGGCCUUCAGUUUUAGCAUUUUUUUUUUCUUGAUUUUUUUAAGUACAACAAUUUGAUCCAAAUACUUUCUGAGAACAGCUCUUGGAGCCCAGGAGCGGCGCGGGGUAGCGGCUGUCCUUCUCGCCAGACAGCGUGCGCAGACCUGGGCGCUGUUCAUGUGAGUGAGGCAUCAUGGGAUACCCCUGGGGAAUUGCCCCCUUUCUCAGUCAAAUCAGCACUUAUUUUAUGUUUCAGUUUGAAGAAGCACUUGUUUUGUGUCUCAUAGUAGUCAAAAUAUGUUAUUAAAAAAAAAUAACUUUAAAUUUAUAUUCUAAAUUAUGUCUGUUGUGCAUCAGCUGGUUUUUUAGGACCGGACAGUAUUGGGCCACACAAGGGUGCACGAAGGAUAAAUUACUACAAAUUGUGCAAGAUGUUCCAAAAAAGGUAUUGCAUUUUUGAAAUGAAUAAUUUUGUUAUUUCGAUGUCAGUUUAUAUGUGCUUUUUGUAUUGUUAAAUCCCUUGCAGUGGUAUGAAUCAAACCAUAAAGUACUCUAAUUACUGAUGGGGGUUUUUCCCCUGGUUUUGAUUUCUGGUUAAAAAUCAGAGGAAAAGAGAAUGGAAAAUCAAAAAUUGAAAACAGAUAAACAGAUAAGCUACGUUAGAAUUUCUGCAGUGGUUCCCGUUAAACCCAAAAUGGCGGUAAACUGAGUUUGUAAAUAAAGCCCUCUCUCGGAUUUGGGUACAUAGCUAGAAGAGGUCAAAUCCUGGGCUUUGUAGCACAGGCUAAAUACAGAACUAAAUAAGGCAAUUUUGCACAGUGCUUUUGUCUUGCACUAUUUUAUAUUUGUCAAAACAAAAGUUUUAAGUCUCGCAACAAUGAAAUUAUAACAGGUUCGACACUCACCACAUCUUUAUAUGGGGCAAAAAAUCACCCCAAAAUCACAAAUUGGUAGAUACUGAACGAUAUCAAUCCCUUGCAUAACAAUGAAUGCCCAGAUUUCCUACGCGCUUCCAUGCGUUUCCUUUCCCUUAUUCUCAUGUAUGUUUUGUUUCGUUUGGUUUUGUUUUGUUCAUUCUGAUGGAAAUGAAUGCUGUUAGUUGUGUAAAGACUAAAAAGAAAAGUGUAAAAAAGAACACGGGCUGCGCUUUUAGGAUUGAAUCCCGACGUUCAUGAAUUAAGGGGGGGGGGGGGGCAGUUUUAUAUACAGUAGUUGACCUCUGACCUCCCUCCAUCCUUCCUGUGUGUAAAUGUACUGCAUGCGACCCUUGUUGCCAUGUCCUGCUGGUGCGGGUGCCCCUGCAGUCUGCCCAGCGCUCCGCGUCCAUCUGCAGUAUGUUUUAUACUCUACUGCCCCUCGGUGGGCUGGAGGGGAACUCCCUGAGCCCGCUGAGAAUGAGUCAAACUGAUUUUCAGCUCCGAGGAGGAAAA